GACGAAUCACCCGCGAAGGAUCAACAGAUCAAACAGAAGAAACUGUCUUUCGUUUGCGUGCUAUCGUCCGUAUGUGCGUCCAUGGUAUAAAGACUCAAGACUUGCAUGACGCCGUCGCCCGCGUCGAGAGAGGCGGAGGAGAAACGCGACGGCAGUCGCUUCAGCUGCCGGACUGGACUCUGCAAAAACACGCUUUCUUCUUUCGUUUUUCUUCUUCCGUGAAAACUCCUCUUUCUCGCUUGGCGACGCGGAAUCGUCUGGUGGACGUCGAGCUGAGAGGUAUCCGCCGAGGGCUCUCCGCUCUGGACGUUCUUCGGAGCUCCUUCUGCGGCGAAAAAGCAUGGUUUGCCGUAAGAGACGUUCUCUGUCUGUCCACUGUUGAAAGGUCGAAGACAACGAACGAAACAGAGACCAAAAGGAGGAAGGCGACCGUGGACGAUGGCGGACGCCUCCCUGUUGCCAGGUGAGCCGGCAGUGGCGGGCGCGAUGAGCCGCGAGGCUCUUUUUCCGCGCAGAAUGCCGGUAUUUCCGAGCGGCGCCUUUCUCUCGCCUCCACGUUUUUCUCGAAUUCUCCUGGUCGUCUGUCUCCUCUUUUUUUCCUCGUCUCCUCUCGCCUUCGUUUCUUCCCUAUCCGCUUGGAACAGCGCCUCGUCGGCGGCCUCCGCGUUGUCUGGCGCGUCUUCCCCGAGUUCGUCCUGCUCCUUCGCUGCUUCGCCUUCACGCGAGUGCCGCCGCGCGUCCUCGCUGCCACUGGGAGCGUCCACCAACGCUCGCCCAGGUCGCCUCCGAGAACCGGAGAGAAGCGCCAAGUUCCGGUUCCCUUCAGUCUCGGCCUUCCUGGGUCCUUCUGCCUCUCGUCCGUCAAGCACCGUCUCUGCGUCCAGCGCUGAAGCGACGCUUCCAACUCUUGGCAGACAGCCUGGCGCAUCUGCUUCCUCUCUCGUCUCCUCUGCUCCCCUCCCGCGGCCUUGUCUCGGAGCUGCGCAGAGAACGACCGGUCUCUGGUCUCACCGCGCGGCAAGGCUGUGCAGCGAAGGAGCGACUCUGGAAGCCGGGUGGGGGAAGGCAGAGCCGAGGAACGUCCGUCUCCGAAUUCACUCGCGCCUCUUUCACCGGAUAAAACUGCAGACCCCCGACGGGGAAACCAAGGAGCUCGAGUGUGCAGAGGACGAAUACAUUCUCGAUGCAGCAGAAGCAGCAGGCAUCGAGCUGCCGUACUCCUGCCGCGGUGGCUCAUGCAGUACAUGCGCAGGCAAGCUGUUGAUGGGCUCCGUCGACGGCAGCGAGCAAGUUUACCUCGACGACGCCCAGCAGAAGAAAGGCUACGUCUUGCUCUGCACAGCGUAUCCGAAAGAAGACUGCACAAUUCUGACUCACCAGGAAGACCAGCUCCACAGUGAAGGCGGAGACGAGUGACCGCGCCUGCUCUCGCAAGCUGGAGGCGUGUAGCGCUGGUGGCUCUUCGGGAGAGUCCCUCUCGGCUCCAUUCGCCUCUCGAAUCUUCCAAGUCACCCGUCCGCUGCAGGUCGCUGUCUCGCCGUUCGACCUCUUGGCAGACAAAGCCGCUCGCAGCUGGACGCGCAGAUGGAGAUGCUGAAACGCAGGUUGACGUCUCGAGCGUGGACGCGGGGGAAGAGCUGCGAAGAGAAACACAAGCUCUGCGUCGCGCCGAGGACGGCGAAACGAGAGGACAACAUGCGGUUCGGAGACCGUUUGGGGCAUCCCAGUUGAGAAAUUAAACCUGAAACAGCAAGUGCAACAAAGCACCAAGGAAACAUGAUGAGGGGGGGGGCACAAAACGAACAGAAGUGAUCACAGAGAGGCAAGAAAGAAGAAACAGGAAGAAGCAGGACGAGACAACGACUGUCAAGCCCAUCACAGAGCAGAGCCGCAACCGAGUUGGCUGUGGCGUAGCAGAGACUCACACUUUGACGGCGAACCUGGAACUCAGCAAAGCCUCCAGUCCUGGAGAUUUGUCUGGACGGAACAACGGUUUCUCGAGCUGUUGCGAGGCAGGAAAAGAUGAGAUCUGCGGCUUGCGUUCCGGAGUCAGCACAAAGACGUCCAGAGUGAACAUGCAGAGGUCGAGAGACAGACAGUUCAACGCUGUUUUCUGUACCUCACGUGAUUCCUGUUGCGUUUGACAUUCUCUGGGGGGGAAAUGUUGGAGAGAGACGCGCGACUCUCAAACAGGAGUCUCUGACCGAGCUCGAAAUGAGAAAAAGGAAUCGAGUUUCCUUUAACUGCCGAGUGGAGGUCUGGCGUAGAUACAGCAGGAAAUUCACAUAGUGGAAAUCAACAAUCCUGAAGAGCUUGAAUGCGAAUGGUAGUCAGCCGAGCGGAGGGGAAGUUUCUCGCAGGCUGGCCCUGCAUCUCUCUUCUGCAAGGCAGAGGGCUCGUGUGUCGUCGCAGGCCUCUUUCUUGGAAAUCAUAACUUCUGCAAGUUCUUGUGUCUCCGUCGUUGUUCGCCGCGGGUCUGUUGUCAGCACGUCCUUGGCUGCUCCGCUUUCCAGCACCUGGAAGGUCCAUCGAAGAAAAACGUGUAAAGGUGGUUUUCUGUUGUCAUGGAGACUGGCCGUUUGUCUAUUCAGUCGUUUCUUUGGAAAAAAAAACGUAAUUGUUUUGGUUUUCUCGAGGCCUCGAAGGAGGCCUUCGCCUUGCUUCGAGUCGUUUGCUCAGUCAAUCAGUUCCACCG